AAAGCCGGCCCAAAAGCUCCCACCUUCACGGAACAACGCACAAACCAUCACCAUUUAUGACUAUCAAAAUACGUACUUUCUCACGUUCUUUCUUCUUACUCAACAAAUUAAAAAUAUCUCACCUUUCCUUUCCUUUCUUUUUUCUUUCUUUCUUUAUUCCUUUCCUUUCCUUGCUGCGCAUUUCACUUCUAACUUCAGGUGUAUAUAUUUGAUUAUCGAUGGAUAUUAAUGAAAUUAUUGGCGAAUCUGCCCUUCCUGUGAAUAAUUUAACAACAAAGAGUGCUAUAUAUGUGUGGGGAUAUAACCAGAGUGGACAAACAGGCAGAAGGGGGAGAGAGCGCCAACUGCGGAUCCCAAAACAGCUCCCUCCCGAGCUCUUUGGCUGCCCUGCUGGUGCUAACUCCCGUUGGUUGGACAUUGCAUGUGGUCGUGAGCACACUGCUGCUGUGGCCUCAGAUGGGUCUCUUUUCACUUGGGGUGCUAAUGAAUUUGGUCAAUUGGGAGAUGGAACUGAGGAGAGCAAGAAACACCCACAGAAAGUAAAUCAGUUGCAGACAGAGUUCGUGAAAUCAGUAUCUUGUGGAGCACAUUGUACUGCUGCUAUUGCAGAACCUCGUGAUAAUGAUGGAACCAUCUCAACAAGUAGACUUUGGGUUUGGGGACAAAAUCAGGGAUCAAACCUUCCUCGUUUAUUCUGGGGGGCCUUUACGCCAUACACGAUUAUCCGUCAAGUGUCCUGUGGGGCAGUUCAUGUGGUGGCUUUAUCGGAAGAUGGCCUACUACAAGCUUGGGGCUACAAUGAAUAUGGUCAACUUGGCAGGGGUUUUACUUGUGACGGAUUACAGAGGCCUCGUGUAAUAAAUGCUUAUGCAAAGUUCCUUGAUGAAGCUCCUGAGAUUGUGAAGAUUACCCAAGUGUCAUGCGGGGAGUACCACACAGCAGCUGUAUCUGCAAAUGGCGAGGUCUAUACUUGGGGCUUCGGAAAUAUGGGUCAACUUGGACACUGUUCCCUUCAGUCUCCGGAUAAAGAGUUAUUGCCAAGGCGAGUGGUUGCCCUUGAUGGAAUUUUUAUAAAGGAGGUUGCAUGUGGUGGUGUGCAUACUUGUGCUCUAACUUCGAAGGGAGCUCUUUAUGCUUGGGGUGGUGGUCAAGCUGGUCAGUUAGGACUUGGCCCCCAAACUGGGUCCUUUUCAUUUAUUCCUAAUGAGUCUGAAACAUACAUCCGUAAUAUGCCGGUUUUAGUUGUACCAAAUGGUGUGCAACUUGUUGCUUGUGGACAUUGUCACACACUUAUAUCUACGAGGGAUGGAAGAAUUCAUGGAUGGGGUUACAAUAGUUAUGGACAGGCAGCUAAUCAGAAAUCUACAUAUGCUUGGUUUCCAUCACCGCUUGAUUGGUGUGUUGGGGAAGUACGAAAACUAGCAGCUGGUGGUGGCCAUUCUGCUGUGUUGACUGAUGCCUGUUCCUUGAAAGAAUUGUGCGAGUUUAGGCUUGCAGAUAGCAUAACUCUAUCUAAUGCUACUGAGAUCAAGGAUGUUGCAUCUCGAACAGGAUCAGAUGCUUUAGCACGCCUUUGUGAAAGAUUGAGGGAGGAGUUGCUUGAUGGUGCUGAUUGCAUUUGGGAAGAUGAUGACAUCUGGAAUGGGAAUUACCAAAGGAACAACUGAACUUAACUUGAUUUGAAGAUCACUAUGCUAAUGUUUAUUUCCUGUUCCCACUUUGUUGCACCUGGAUUAGGACUGUAAAUUAAGAACCAUAUUAUUCAGAUGAUGAAGGAUAAUCCUUCAUCAGUAAUAUCAUUAUGUCAGAAUGUACCUACAUUUGAUCACUUUAAUCAGGAACCUGGUUACAUUGUAUAAACAAAAACUACAGUAUUCUGGUGACAAACUUGUACCAGUAACAAUUUAUUGAAACUUAUACCAACUUUAGUUUUAUGGACA